CCCGUCCCGACGCUACUCCGGCCGAGCGGGGGAGGCGGCGGAUCCCGCUCCCGCUCCGUAUCCCGAUCCCGCUCCCAGUGUCCCGCUCCGGAUCCCGCUCCCGGCUCGAUCUGAAGACGAGCUGCUGCAUUGAUUAUCUGAAGAAGUCUCUGUUAAGACUGCAAGAAGAGACUACCAGCUGACUGGAGGCCAAGAACAGAGUGCAGCACUGGCAGUAGGUACCUUAACAUGGGGAACCUUCUAAAAGUUUUGACAUGCACAGACCUUGAGCAGGGGCCAAAUUUUUUCCUUGAUUUUGAAAAUGCCCAACCUACAGAAUCUGAAAAGGAAAUUUAUAAUCAGGUGAAUGUAGUGUUAAAGGAUGCAGAAGGAAUACUGGAAGACUUGCAGUCAUAUAGAGGAGCUGGCCAUGAAAUACGAGAGGCAAUACAGCAUCCCAAUGAUGAGAAGCUGCAAGAGAAGGCAUGGGGUGCAGUUGUGCCACUAGUAGGCAAACUAAAGAAAUUCUAUGAAUUUUCUCAAAGACUAGAGGCAGGAUUGCGAGGCCUGUUGGGAGCCCUGACGAGCACUCCCUAUUCCCCAACGCAGCACCUGGAGCGAGAGCAGGCUCUCGCGAAGCAGUUUGCAGAAAUUCUUCACUUUACACUCCGAUUUGAUGAGCUCAAGAUGACAAAUCCUGCUAUACAGAAUGACUUCAGCUACUAUAGAAGAACUCUGAGCCGUAUGAGGAUUAACAAUGUCCCAGCAGAGGGAGAAAAUGAAGUAAAUAACGAGUUGGCAAACAGGAUGUCUUUAUUUUACGCUGAAGCAACGCCAAUGUUGAAAACCUUAAGUGAUGCUACCACAAAGUUUGUGUCAGAGAAUAAAAAUUUACCAAUAGAGAAUACAACAGAUUGCUUAAGCACCAUGGCCAGUGUGUGCAGGGUCAUGCUGGAAACCCCUGAAUAUAGAAGCAGGUUUACAAAUGAGGAAACAGUAUCAUUCUGUCUGAGGGUAAUGGUGGGUGUCAUCAUACUCUAUGACCACGUGCAUCCAGUGGGCGCUUUUGCCAAAACUUCAAAAAUUGAUAUGAAAGGAUGCAUCAAAGUUCUUAAAGACCAGCCUCCUAACAGUGUAGAAGGCCUUCUAAAUGCUCUCAGGUACACAACAAAGCAUUUGAAUGAUGAGACUACCUCCAAGCAAAUUAAAUCCAUGUUGCAAUAACAAUUACCUGGAAUUCGCACCUGCUGUAGACAGUAUUCUGCAAUGACUGAGAUGCACAGAUUUAUUUUUUUUUAGUGAUUGCAACUACUAUCUCGUUCAUUCUUGCUUUUUAUUUUCUCUCUUCCUGUUUACCCUUUUUUUUUUUAAUCACUUUCUUGUUCCUAAGUAAGCUCAGACUUCUUUUCUGUGCCAAAUCAAAGAAAUUUAUCAAUUCUGGAAAGUAUUUCUACUUUUCAGAAUAGCCAUCCUAAGUGGCAGCUAAUUAUGCGUUGCAUUUGGAUUUCUCUGUACUGGGGAAAGAUUUGUGACUUGAACUAAAUAUUUUUAAACUUGUGGUUUUUUUCUUUUUUUGAAAAACUAAUAUUUAAUAUUGCUUCUUCUGCAUGGCAAGACUGCCUACUUCUGCUAUUUAAAAAUCCCUUGAUGACUUCAUUUUCUAUUGCAGCUUAUUUUCAUGUGCAACCAUGAGGAAACUAAAAGCAGAUUUGUUUAAAUUAACUGUGUUUGUACAAAAUGGUACCCAACACAAAAGUUUUUUUAAAUGAGUAAAAACUGUUUUGUUUAAAAGUUACGUUUGCAUUUUGACUCAUUUUUGUAAGGAUGUAUGUUGUAUGUUUAACCUUUAAUAACUAACGUUAAACUGUGGUGUGUGCGUAGCAAAAUUACGUAUGCAUGUUCAUGUCAAAUGAUUGGCUGUGGAUAAGAUAAUAAAAUCAGCUUUCAUUUUUCUAAGUGUGGUUUGAUUUACCAGUAUUUUGAGUGAGAUGUCUUCGUGCUCUUUGGAUUUUUACAAAAAAAAUAAAUUUAUAAAUUUUAUAUAGUGAAAA